UAACAUAUUUAUUGAAACAAAGUUGAAACUUGAGAACUGAAGCGACUUGGAAGCCCUAAUUUCUUCUUCCGCUCCGCAAAUUUCCAUGUCGAGAAGCCGGAGGCACCUCCUCCAAGUGGUUGUUUCCUGCCGGAAAAUCAGCGCUCAGGUCACAAAUCCGGCGAGCUCCUCCAUCGUCGCCAUGGCCUCAUCCUCGGAGCAGGAAUUCGUGGCCUACAACCGAUCGAAACUCAACCGCUUCCCCCGAUCCAACAACUUCUGGGACUCCAUGAUCGCCUCCCGCGUCGGCGAAAAGCUAGGGCUCCGCCUGACCGAGAUCGGCGUCUCCGAUGUUCAGAUCGACCUCCGGGAAGAGCUCUCGCGCCCUGCUUACUACAGGAAGAUGGUGCUGCCGCUGUUCGAUUCCGUGCGCCGCUCCGGCGUCGCCAUUGACGGAGCUGAGAACCUUGGAACAGGCUUCGUCUAUUCUCCAUACUAAAUGCCUCGCAUAUUUAUGAAUUAUGGUGGUUAGUGGAAUGAGACACAAACCAUAUACAAAUGUGGAGUUUUGGGAGGUAGCAUAACAUAUGACGACUUUUUAAAUGAUGUAUUAGCUUACUUGAAUUGAUUUCGACCUAUUCAACCUUGUGAUACAAUGUAUAUAUAAAUUCAACUUUUA